GCCUUUAACAGUUUGACAGUUCGAUUUUCGUGCUCGUAAAUUGUGUCUUGUUAUAAUACAUGUGUGCUGUCUUUAUUGCAUAGUUUUAAGUGCAAAUUAUAAUACUAGUGUCGAUAAAGUGGGAAAAUAGAGUUAUCCGGGGUUCCGACCAGGAAACCAUAAUAAAGGAAGAGCAUCGUAAAAGUUAGGCAGCAAGAUGCCGGCAGCAGCGCCCGUCCAAGCCGAAAAUGGCGGCGCGCCGAGGACGGAGCUGCAAGAGUUGCAGCUCAAAGCUGGACAAGUCACAGAUGAAUCAUUGGAAGCAACCAGGAGGAUGCUUUCGCUAUGCGAAGAGAGUCACGAGGUUGGAAUGAAGACUUUGGUGAUGCUGGAUGAACAAGGCGAACAAUUGGAUCGCAUCGAGGAGGGAAUGGACCAGAUAAACGCCGAUAUGCGUGAAGCGGAAAAGAAUUUGACUGGAAUGGAGAAAUGCUGCGGAAUAUGCGUUUUACCUUGCAAUAAAGGAGCAUCAUUUAAAGAAGAUGAAGGCACUUGGAAGGGAAAUGAUGAUGGCAAAGUUGUUAACAAUCAACCUCAAAGAGUUAUGGACGACCGCAAUGGUUUGGGACCACAAGCUGGUUAUAUUGGAAGAAUAACGAAUGAUGCUCGAGAGGAUGAAAUGGAAGACAAUAUGGGUCAAGUCAACACGAUGAUUGGAAACUUGCGGAACAUGGCCAUUGACAUGGGAUCAGAAUUGGAGAACCAGAAUAGGCAAAUUGACCGCGUCAACCGCAAGGGCAAAGACAACGAAUGGCGUGUGGCUGAUGCAAGAAAAAGAACCGACGAGUUACUCAAAUCAUGAUAAGGAUGAUUUUGAUCAUGAUCAGCAAUUUAUAGUGAAGACGAUAAUUCAGGCCCAAAUUUUUCAUCUGCUUUUACGAAUAAGGUUUGUUUAUGAUAAUAUUUGAUAAUAUUAUUGCUAAUGCAAGAUAAUUACUUCAAAUAAUAUAUAAUAUAUAUUUCACAAAGUCACGUAGAUUU